AUGGAAAUGAGUGUUGCAGUGAAGUCUUUGGACAGCAAGAGCAUUUUGGUCACUGGUGCUACUGGUUUUCUAGCAAAAUUAUUUGUGGAGAAGGUACUACGGACUCAACCAAAUGUCAAGAAGCUUUAUCUUUUGGUGAGAGCCCAUGAUGCAAUUUCAGCGAAGACGCGAGUUGAAAAAGAGGUUCUUUCUAAAGAACUAUUUAAUGUUUUAAGAGAAAAGUAUGGAGCUUCAUUUGAUUCAUUCUUUUGGAGCAAAGUGCAUGUUGUGCAAGGUGAUACCACUUCGGAGAAUAUAGGUAUUAGAGAUGUUGAUCUCAUUGAAGUUUUAUGGAGAGAAGUUGAUUAUAUUGUUAAUUCAGCAGCAAAUACAAGGUUCAAUGAAAGGUAUGAUGUUGCACUAAAUGCAAACACCAAUGGACCAAGGAAUGUCAUAUUAUUUGCAAAGAAAUGUGUAAAUCUUGAGAUGUUUCUUCACGUCUCAACAGCUUAUGUCACAAAGGAAAAGAAAGGAAUUAUAAGCGAAAAGAUAGAUGAAUUCAAUCAAAUGUUAACCCCAGAGACCGAAAUGGAAUUAAUUGAAAGCAAAAUGAAGGAGAUGAAGAACAAUUGCAUAUCAGAGAGUGAGAUCAAGAUUUACAUGAAAGAGUUAGGCUUGGAAAGAGCUAAUAAAUAUGGAUGGCCGAAUACUUAUUCAUUCACAAAAGCAAUGGGAGAACUUCAAAUAACUAAAUAUAAGGGAAAUCUUCCGGUUACCAUACUACGUCCAACCAUUAUUCUAAGUACUUACAAAGAGCCAUUUCCCGGUUGGAUCGAAGGAAUAAGAACUAUAGAUAAAGCCAUGGUCUCAUAUGGCAAGGCAGGCAUACUCUACUUCCCUGCUCAUCUUGAUGCAGUCAUAGAUGUGAUACCUGGAGACAUGGUGGUGAAUGCAAUGCUUGCAGCUAUGAUCAGUAGGAAUUAUGGUACUUAUGAUACGAAAUAUUCGAAUACUGUUAUAUAUCAUGUUGGAUCAUCAGCUAAAAACAUCAUGAGGUUUAAUGUUAUACCUGAAACAUGUUACAAGUAUUUUUCAAUGAAUCCUCAAUCAAAGAAAAAUGGAGAGUUUAUUGCAGUGCAAAAGCCAUUCUUCUUCCCAACUUUGUCUCUCUUUUGCAAGUUCAUGUUUGUACGUUACAAGCUCCCCCUCAAGGCAUUAUCUUUGGUGGCCAUGAUAUCAUUUUCAAAAAGAUUGAGAGACAGUCCAAUAAGCUCCAACCAAGCAUACAAGAGUGCAAUAUUAAUGGCUAAAAGCGUGCAGCCAUUAUAG